CUCUGCCUGACGGUCCCAGGACACAUGGCUCUCUGAGGGGAGUGUGAACUGGAGCCCACGAACCAUACGCACGGUGAAACACGCCAGAAGAAAGGGAAAGGGAAGGACCGGGCUGAAGGAGGACUUCAUCAUGUCAGAUUUCAGCCGGGAGGGCAUCUAUAACCCUGCCUACCAUGACACUGAAACUCUGGAGUUCCACAGGAGUCCCACCAGAAGGAGUCAUCACUACAAUCCCUAUGAUUCAUACCAGGAGCCCAGCGAAAGGGUUGCACUGGACCUCAUGCCCCCUGAAAUGCUGCCGCCUUAUGAGGAUGACCAUGAAAUGACCAGGGGCCAGGGGAGCUGGAGGGCCACAAAUGGCAUGGCUAUGAGGCCCCUGUUCCCUCAGAAUGGGAAUGACGGGUGGCGGUACGACCAGGAGUCUGUUAGCGGUCAGUUCCAGAUGAGCUCAGCAGCGAAUUCCAGGACGUUUUUCAGCGAGCAGUGCCCUUCUGGAUCUUUACCAAUGGGUAAUGCAUCAAUGCGGCGGAGAGGAACGCUCAGUCCAAGCCUGCUUCCAGGUGGAGGAUCGGCUUUGGGAAAACUUGGCUUGACUGAGGAGGACAUCAUAGAGGAGAUUGAAAAUGAAGAAGAGAAUCUAGUGAAAGAACUAGUGGCCAUGUCAACUAGGGAACGAAUUCAAGCCAUCCGAAGCCUUCCGGUGUGCUUUGAAGACAAGAAAAACAUCAGGAAUCAUGUGCUGGCAACCAAGUCAUCCAAGAGGCGCUGUAAACUCACCUGCUGUGCAGACUGCACUGAGAAGGUCUCUUUGUCCCUGCGCAGGUGUGGUGCUGCUAUGGAAGCCGUCAGGCAGACAAUGCAGCUCUGGCAGAGCAUCAUGAAGGAAAUCGGGGGCAGGUUCGGCACCAGCGUCCUCUCCUACUUCAGUUUCCUCAAGUGGCUGCUCAUGUUCAACAUCUUCUCCUUCCUGGUCAAUUUUGGCUUCAUUACGAUUCCCCAGCUGGUUCAGGGCUCAAAUAUUACAAACUGUCAGGGAUUCAAGGGCCUGGAACUGAUCACUGGAGCUGGACAUUUUCGUCAGACAGUAAUGUAUUAUGGUGCCUACAGUGGUUCUGAAGUAAACUCACGGUACAACAUGCAACUGGCCUACUUCUUCACCAUUGCAGCAUACCUGGUGCUUUGUGCAGUGUCUCUCAUCUACAGCAUGGCUAGCUCUUUCCGGAGGAACUUUGUGCUCUCGGACGCGGCCUCCGUCAGCGCUUGGCGUCUUUUGUGCAGUUGGGACUUCAACGUUGUCAACGAGAAAGCUGUGCGCCAGAGGAGGAGCAAUCUCCGCAUCCAGCUCAAGGAGUCUCUUUCUGAAAACACACAAAGGAAGUUACUGUCCAUGUCAGAGAGAAUGAAAAAACUUGGGGGCCACUUGUGCGCAUGGGUCCUUUCCAUAGGGCUGGCAGCCUCUUCCUGCGUCGCCAUCUACUACUUGUGUCAGUACAGCCUCGGAAUCUUGAAAUCAAGCAACCUUGACAGUCUAGUGGAUGAAGCUUCAGCUCUGCUUCUGCCUUUUGUGGUGUCUCUCUUAAACCUGGUCAUUCCGCUGCUGUGCUCGCUGCUCACCCAGAUGGAGCACUACUCUAACCCCCGCACUCAGAUCUAUGUCAUCAUCCUCAGAAAUGUGCUCCUGAAGAUGUCAAUUUUAGGGAUCCUGUGCUACCACUGGAUGAACAAUGUGGCACAAAGCAAUUUAACAUGCUGGGAAAAUUUGGUUGGACAAGAGCUGUACAGGCUGGUGAUUGUCGACUUCUUCUUCUUAAUGAUUGGCUCUUUCUUUGGAGAGUUUCUGCGCAGAGUCAUAGGGACGAAGUUAAUACCAAAACUUGGAGUUCCAGAAUUUGACGUUGCGAGGAAUGUUCUGGAUUUGAUCUUUGCACAGACCCUGGCAUGGAUUGGCAUAUACUUUUCUCCGUUGCUACCAAUUAUGCAGAUGAUAAAGUUUUUUCUCCUGUUUUAUGUGAAGAAGAUUAGUCUCAGCCAGAACUGCCAGCCCCCUCGACGAUCUGGGAGAGCUGCUCAGAUGCAGACCUUCUUCAUCGCACUCCUCUUCAUCCCUUCCUUUGUAGGGGCCCUGUCCAUGGUGGCAUACACUGUGUGGUGUUUGAAACCCUCAGAUAUCUGUGGGCCCUUCCAAGGUCUCAAUACCACCUAUGAGGCAGUAUCCAUCUGGAUGGAGAGUGUUGAUAGAUUACAGUUCAACUGGGUUAUUUGGAUCUACGACAAGAUGAUAACAAGUGAACUGUUCUUCUUCCUCCUCAGUCUCAUAAUCCUUGUGCUGAUAUACUUCUUCUGGCAAAUCACCCAAGGACGUAAAUUGCUGAUUACCCUUCUCAAAGAGCAGAUAGUAAAUGAAGGAAAGGACAAGGUGUUUCUGUUGAACAAACUCAAGAACCUGCAGAAUGCAAAUAAUUCACAAGUUUUGCAUCAGCUGGAGAAUGCACAGCAGCCCAAGAUUUUGACUAACCUUUCUCAGAACUUUGAUGGAAGAGUAAAGCGUGAACCAGAUUACCCCACUGGUCCACUUGGAUUUCAAGAGGAUAUUCCAUCUCAUUCCUCCAGUGCCCUGGUGCAGGCAAUGCUUGCUAGGCGGCAGGCUGAAGAAGAAGGAUACUGAAAACACCAGAAUAUUUCAGGUGCUGUUUACAAAUAAUAAAACCGGACAAAAUCUCUACGGCUGAAUAUUUUACUACCGCUAAAUGCUUAAUUCUAGAUCACCUGCGAUCUAAAGAAGUUUUAGCAUAUCUAACUCCAGAUCGACUGUCUCAUGGAUUCUAUUUCAGAACCCAAAGACACUCGCUAUUGUUCUCAGGAUUAAGCCUGAAAUAAAAAAUAUCUUAAUAUGAAAAUGUUCUCUUAUUUUUUAUUAAAUGAUGGAAAAUAAGAGUGCUUUGGAAGGACGAUAUUAUUUAAAAAUGAUAAUACAUUCCAGACUUUUGAAAUGUUUGGUUUAGUACAACGGCAUUAUUGUAGAUACAGACUUCCUACUGAAAGUACAACUGGAAAAAAAAAAAUCAUCUGCUCAUAAUGAUAAGUUUUCUUUUUCAAACUAAAACUGUGAAUAAACCAUGUAAAAAUAUUGUAAAUAAUAGAUUAUAGCUCUUUACUAUAUCAAAAGUGUCAUUGUUAUGUACACUCCCUUGUGUUUUAUGUUUUAACAACCAUUCCAGAACACACUGAGAUGAACUAAUGAAGGAACAUUUUCAAUAA